UAGUGAGGAAGGAGAUAUAAAUAGUGAGCAGUCGUGGUCGUGGGCCGUGGUGACCAAGUAACCGACCCUGUGUUGUCUCGUCCUCGUACUUGCCUAUUCGCAGUUCUUCUAGGUUUGCUUUUUCUUUGCACUAAAUCUCCAAAUCUGCAACAAUUGUCUGUCAGCAUUCUUUAUUUCUUUUCAGUUCAUGUAUCAAUCGAUAAAUUGGAAUAUUUUAAUUCAGUAGUCGCAUAUUUCAUUUAAACACCCCUGCUUUAUUUUUCCUGAUUUCUGAAGAUAACUGUGUUGUGUUGUUUUCUUUCUCACUGACAUGCUUUCCCCUUCCCUGUUAGGUUGAUUUUGGAUUUUAACGACUGAACUUUUUUCAUAUUUUUAACAAGGAAUCUGCGACAAGUAUCCUUUGUUAAUUGGCAUUUGCACUGUUUUUAUUGUUAAUAUUAAUAUUAUAGGUCUGAACUAGUCUGCUAAAGUUGUUCUUAUCAGCAUUUUGAAUUUCCAGAAUUGGAUAUCUCUCUCUCUCUCUCUCUCCAUGUCCUCCUCUACUCUUUCCCAUCUCUUUCUUUCUUUGUGAUUCUGCCCUCUUUGUUCACUGCCACCAAAUAAUGAUAGUUUUCAUCAAUUUUAUUUGUUGUACUAUGUUUCUUGUUUUUUAUUUUGUUAUACUCAUGUGUUUUUUUAAUCCUCAUCCUCAUGUCUGUACGUGUGUGUAUAUAUAUUGCUAAAAUUCACCAGUCUAUUUAUUGACAGUAAUGUAGAAGGGAUAUCAACAUGCUAAACAGAACACAAUGGAGCAUGUAUAAAAUUGUACCUACAUAACGAAAUCCCAGUUAAACCUGACUAAAUAUUAAUUCAAAAAGUAACAUACAUGGUAGUCAAAAUUGGAAUUUUAAUCUCAAAAUCCUUCAAAAAGUAACAUUCAUGGUAGUAUAAAUUGAAAUUUUAAUCCUGAAGUCAAAGCAAAAUCCCUUUAAUGAUUUCGAAGAAACCCGGAUUUGAAUCGGGUUUCAACCCGUUUCCUUAUCUAACCUUAUUUAAUUUAACUAAUAUUCCAACCCUAAUAUUUCCAAUGCUGCCGCAUUUGCUUCAACACUAAGGAUUCUUCUGUGAGAGGGACUGUCUAUCGUCUUCCUUGUGCUUCGUUAUCUGUGAGUUCUCUGUUCUCCAGCAACUUAUGGAUUAUGAGUUAUGAUUUAUGAGUACAACUUUUAUCCAAGUCUUUCUAGGUUAUUUUUAAUUUGUUUUCCUUAUGUAUGCUGCUUUAUAUGCAUAAAUUUUACAAAAUCUUACCAUUAGAUUUACGAUUUUGUGAUUUAUGAUAUUCGCCUGCGUCCUGAUCAGGGUGCAUUUGGAUAAACAACGUAAUUAAGCGUUUAUCGCAUAAGCGCUUAUUCAUAAGCUUAAUUUGAGAACCUUAUUGAAAUUAGCUCAAAAUAAGGAAAAAGCCCCUAAAUCACCAAGAUAACUAUUUUUCUCUAAAAUAAUAGUGACUCCAAUUCACUGAUGUGUCAUUUUUCCCUUUUCCCACUGUUUAGGAGUUGAAGAAGACAGGUAAUGCUUUCUUCUGUCUGAAGUGGUUGCUUAAAUGUAAUAAUCUAAAGUGAAUCCCUCAUCCCUAGAUGAGGUUUAAAGUUAGGUGUUUCAGUGAGUCUUGGUGAUUUUAUUUGGUUUCUCUCUUGUUGGGUAAAUUUAACUUAUCAUUUUGUCAAUGGUAUACUUAACGUUGUGAUAUAGCUCAGUCGGUGUCAACAGGAGCAAGAGAUUAUAGUCAGCAGCGGAAUGAGACACAUGUGGUGACUGGCAAUUGGCCACUUUAUUGACUCUAUCUAUGAAUUUGUUUCAAUAAAAGGUUGUAUCUCAUCUGAUUUGACAUCACCAAUGGACUCUUCUAGAAGAUUUUCUGCUGGGUUUGCAGGUGUGCAGGAAUCCGAAGCCAUGCCUUAUUAUUCAUCAGUCUCAACUUCGUUUGAUGCGCAAAAUGAAGCUGUGAAUGGUACUGUGUUUGCAAAACAUGAUCCGAGAUCGUCUGGUUCAGUGAAGCCAAAUAGCUUAAAGUCUACACAUAGAAAGGGCAGUUUAACCAGCACAUCAUCCAAGACUGUCACUGAUACAAAAAGAGAUAUCACAAUUCUGAAUAAGGCUCCUCCUUUGUAUCCUAAUUUUACAGCAGCAACUCCUCCAAGGACCUACCACCAAAUGGGAAAAGUUUCAUCUUUUUCUAACCCAAAACAUCAUUUCUUUCCCCCAACUAACUACAGGCCUAACACAUCUACUAACUAUAGAUCAAAUGGGGGAGUGUCUAGUGUAAAUGAUAGAUUUUUGUUAAGUGACAAAUUUCAGAGUGGAGAAUCUGAAAUGUCAAUGGAAAUGACUCGAGGUCCUCGGGGUCAGUACAACAAUGUUCAGCUACAACCUCCGGCUGUUAAUGAUGAGCUUGCGGUCAUGCUGCGUAGAGAUCAGUAUAACCUUCCAGAUUUCCAAACUGAAUAUGAAACUGCUAAGUUUUAUCUGAUUAAAUCUUUCAAUGAAGAUGACAUUCAUAAGUCCGUUAAAUAUGAUGUUUGGACAAGCACUCCCAAUGGCAAUAAGAAGUUGAAUGCAGCAUUCCAUGAUGCAGAAGCUCAAUUCAGUCAGACAGGCACUAUGUGUCCUGUCUUUCUCUUCUUCUCGGUCAAUGCUAGCAGGCAGUUUGUUGGAGUAGCUGAGAUGCUAGGGCCUGUGGACUUCAAAAAAGACAUGAAGUUUUGGAAACUUGACAAAUACAACGGGUUCUUCCCAAUUAAGUGGCAUAUAAUUAAAGAUGUUCCCAACAACAAGUUUGUGCACAUAAUCCUUCAAAACAAUGACAACAGACCUGUAACUUUCAGCAGGGACACACAAGAGAUUGGUCUGAAGGAGGGUCUGGAGAUGCUGAGUAUUUUUAAAAGUUAUUCAGCUAAGACAUCUCUAUUGGAUGAUUUUGAUUUCUAUGAGAAUCGUGAGAAAUUAUUUCGUUCGCAAAAGAGUACUAAGCAUACAAGCCCAAAGCCCCAAGUAUACAACAGUGGCAAUUACCAUGUAUACAACAAUGGCAAUUACCAUAACACAGUUGAGGCAAGGGAGAAGAAAAUAGAGAUGCAAUCAAGUGAUGGCACCAAGCAAUUUAAUCUCAUCAAACUUACAAAGAACCUUUCUCUCAGUCCAUCUGAAACACAACUAUCUGAGAAACAACUACAUGGCUUUAGAUAUGGCAAGAUUGCUAGGUGAGCCAAAAAAGGAAAAAAGAUGGUCAGAAGUUUAUUUCUGCGUGUAGGGAUGUUAGAAUUGCAGAGUUGCGGUUUGGUAGUAGAGCUCCUCAAGCAUUCGGCCUCUUAUCUUAUUAUUAUGUGAUUUAUGUGACUCGUCAAUAUGAUUUUAACAUGUUUUAAUUUAAGUUUGACUCAUUAAUAUCUGUAUAUUGAAGAACACAUUGUCUUUAUAUGUGGAGCUUUUUGACAUUAUGAUUCAAUGCCUCGUAUGUUUUCGUAUCA